AUGGCCACCGUAAAUGUUGCUAAGAAUAUGUUAGAGCCUGUUAAGUCUUUGCCUAAAUAUUUUGGAAAUUUUAAGAAAAAUUUGUUCUAUUAUGUUAGCGACAAACAUGGAGAUCGUUGGGCCAACCGAAAUAUGGCUUGGUUUAUUAUUGCAACUUGGACGACCGUUUAUUUUGUUGUUUCGACAAAGCUGGAGAAAAAAGCUUUGCGAUUGAAGGUUUAUUUUAAAUUUUUUUCCUUUUUUCGCGCAUCAAAUUGUUUGUAG